AUGGCGAGAACUAUGGACAACAAGAGUAGUUUCAAGAGCGACAAUAGAAAACAGACAGUGCUGGUAGGAUGCCAUGAGGCUCAAAAGCGACAAACAAACAAACCAGGGAGUGAGAAGAAGCUGUGGAAGGCACCCAAGUAUAACCAUUAUAAAGUCAACUUUGAUGGCGCUUUUAGAGCUGCAACGAGGGAAGCUGGCAUUGGGGUGGUAAUUAGGGACUACAAACGAGAUGUCCUAGGUGCAAUGUCCAGACCGGUUACAAAUGUAGACAAUGCCAUGCAUGUAGAAAGAUUAGCAGUAGUUAAGGCUAUCGAAUUUGCCUCUUAUAUGGGAUUUAACAAAAUAGAAUUGGAAGGUGAUGCUUUGAGCAUUAUCAAACUGUUAAAGCAUGAGGCAGUAGAUCUAUCUCUUAUUGAAAACAUCAUGAAAGAGGUACAGUUUAAGCUCCGCCAUAUGGCAGGUUCACACUGUUCCCACAUCAGAAGAAAAGCAAAUGAAGCAGCCCACACUAUAACGAAACUAGCAGUAGGAACAUAUGAAACCAAAUGCUAG